CCCUCGCUUCCCAAUAAAUGAAAAACAGCAGUAUUAUAAUAACGAUAAAAAAAAAACAAAAAGGCAGCCUCCGCGCAGCAGUCCAUGGCCAUGGCGGUGCUUACGGUUACGGCACUUCCCUCGCGCGCUUCGUCCGCCAUUUCGCCGCUCUAGGGGACUUCGCCGCCAGCGGUGCGAUGUCGGGAGCGCAGCUCGCUGGUGCUUCGGUUUCUAAUGGCCCGACGAGUAGGCAUAGCGAAUUGAGCGCGGCAAUCAGAAGGAAAAGAUUGCUCGCCCCUGUCCGCACAAGUGGUGUCUGUAGUUUUUCGGCUUUGGUCGAUCGAAAGAGAUUCUACGGUUGUGGAUGCCGUCUAUCUGCGAAUCACGGGAGGUCCUCACUGCUUUCGGUCCAUAGUCAGUUGAGUUCAGAUUGUGGAAUAGGUUCUCCAGAUGUUGAUGAAUACGUGGGUUCUCUGUCUGUGGGGGAUGAGCUCCCUCCAAGAGGUGAUCCUCGUACCAAGAAAACAGAGGAAGCCGCUGAGUUGACAGCGGUUUCUCAAGGUCAAUCACAUAUCACUGAUGUGAAAAGAGAGCUCAUAGCACUCUCACUGCCUGCACUUGCCGGACAAGCUUUUGAGCCCUUAGCACAGCUGAUGGAGACAGCUUAUAUUGGCAGAUUGGGUGCUGUGGAGUUGGGCUCAGCUGGGGUUUCCAUGUCAAUAUUUAACAUCAUAUCAAAGCUUUUUAACAUUCCUCUGCUUAGUGUUGCCACUUCUUUUGUGGCUGAGGACUUAUCUAAAAGUGCAAGUAAAGAUUCUGCUUCAGUUCGUUUUCUGAUGGGAUCCUUUUGAUGUUACACAGGCAAACUGUUUGCAGUGCCUGAGAGGAAGCAAUUAUCAUCUGUGUCCACGGCUCUGCUAUUGGCAGUUGGGAUAGGCAUUUUUGAGGCCAUAGCUUUAUACUUUGGAUCUGGACAAUUUUUAAAUGUGAUGGGUGUAUCGUCUGCAUCACCCAUGCACAGUCCAGCACAACGCAUUCUUUCUCUUAGAGCACUUGGAGCCCCUGCAGUGGUAGUGUCCUUGGCACUGCAAGGAAUUUUUCGUGGGUUUAAAGAUACAAAAACUCCUGUUUUCUGUCUAGGCAUUGGUAAUUUAGCAGCAGUUUUCUUGUUUCCCGUACUUAUGUAUGGCUUUCGACUGGGUGUAGUUGGGGCAGCCCUUUGUACUGUUGCAUCACAGUACCUUGUCGCCUUACUAAUGAUUUGGUAUCUUAAUAAGAGAGUUAUUUUAUUGCCUCCAAAGAUGGGAGCACUGCAGUUUGGGGGAUAUAUAAAAUCUGGUGGUUUUCUUCUUGGAAGAACUCUUGCCGUUCUUACAACCAUGACUGUGGGAACAUCUAUGGCUGCUCGUCAAGGUCCAUUAGCAAUGGCUGCUCAUCAGAUAUGCAUGCAAGUUUGGUUGGCUGUCUCUCUUUUGACAGAUGCACUGGCUGCAUCUGCCCAGGCCCUGAUUGCUGGUUCAGUAUCUAAAUCUGACUAUAGAACUGUAAGAGAAGUGACAAACUUCGUCUUAAAGAUAGGAUUAUUGACAGGAAUCUCCCUAGCUGCAAUUCUCCUACUAUCUUUUGGCUCUUUAGCGAAUUUGUUUACCAAGGAUGCUGAUGUGUUACUUAUUGUAAAAACUGGGGUCCUGUUUGUUAGCGCUAGUCAACCGUUGAACGCUCUGGCUUACAUUUUUGAUGGCCUCCACUAUGGUGUUUCCGACUUCCCAUAUGCAGCUUUCUCCAUGAUGUUGGUGGGGACAAUAUCUUCGGCAUUUUUGCUGUUUGCUCCUAGGAUGAUUGGUCUUCCUGGGGUUUGGUUGGGCUUGUCUCUCUUUAUGGGCUUGCGUACAGCAGCAGGCUAUUUCAGAUUAUCAGCAAAGACUGGUCCAUGGUGGUUCAUGCACAGAGAGAUGCUGAAAUUCGAUGUGAGUGAAGUAUACUCUGGUUUUUCACCCAGGUUGCGUUAAAUUUAUUGAUGCAAGCUCAUGAUGCGAUUACUAGUGUAUAAUUGCUUGUUUAUCUUAAGGUCUGUUAAUAUUUUUUUCCCUAAAACAGCUUUCUACAAGGGGGCUAAUCAUUAGUAAAAGAAGUAUUCCCAUGUUUGAGGCAUUUUCAAUGAGUUCUCUUAAAGAAGUUUCAGGGGCAUUGAUCAGCCCAAUAAGUCACGAAGGACCGCUAGUGGUGGUGAUGUGUCAUUGUCUUUGGUGGCAACCAGCCUACCGGUUCCCCCAAUUUACUUUCUAGUAUUUUGUUCCUAUCUUUGUCCUUUCUAUUUUACU